UUCGGGCUCGUAUAGUCUCCAUGGUUUUGUGGUUAAAAUUGUUUUUUCCGUUUUUGUUUUUAUUAAAGACGUGUCUACUAUCUAUACAGUUUCAAAUACAGUUAAUAUGAGUGUGGAAGAUUUGAAUUUGAUUAUCGAACAAUAUAUGGAAAGUGAAGUAGAGUGUUGUAAAAGUAGAAAAAUUUAUAGCGCUCUUGAAAAUAUUGUUAUUCGAAAAGAUUAUUUACAAAAUUUAGACCCGAUUUCACAGUUAGAUGAAAUGAAAAUAAGUGAUAGUACAUCGAAUAGCCGUCUUCUAAAAAAUAAAUCUUUAACGAAAGUAACAAAUGUGAACAAAUCAAAAAACGCUCAUACAUCAACACCUGACAAUAAACAGUUUAUAUUGGUUCAGAAACAAAUACAGCAGUUUGAAAGUUAUAAAAAUUGUAUCAAUCGUGUUUCUGACAAAUAUUGCACAGAAUUUUUGCAUUUACUGGAGGUUCAGAACCGGAAGUUAUCUCAAUCAACAAAAAGUAAACAAGAUGGUUAACAUUAUCAUUAACUAAGUUUGUAAUUUGUUAAAAUAGUUAUUUUAAGACAAUUUUUUUUGACCUCGAUCUCCAUGGUUUCCAUAUUAUUGAUUAUACUUCAGAAAUAACUAGUUUGUUAAUUAUAAACAUGGAAGUUCAAUACGCAUAUCAAAAGAAAAGAAGCGAAUUUGGGAGGCAAUGUUUAUUUUCAGAUAGAGGACCAGAAUUAAUAGACAAUUUUCCAUCCGACAAACAGUUGCAUAAGAACUUCCUUUUAAGAGAUCCUGUAUCAAGAAGUACACAAUGUGCUCCUAUACAAGCAGAACAUUACUUAAAUACUAUGAGAGCAGAGUUCACAAAUUCUUCCAUGAAUCACGUCGAAGGUGGCUGGCCGAAAGAUGUAAAUACUGCUGAUGAAGAACAAACCAAACGGUAUAGAAGAAAAAUAGAGAAAGAUGAGGGAUAUUAUCACACGAUGAUGCAGUUAUUUAAGAAUAUGGAAAACUGUAUUUUGCAAAACAAUGCCAUAAAUAUAUACCAGCAAUAUUUCUCAGACGUUGAGCCCACAACUUUGGUAGAAAGGAGUUCAGCGAGAACUGUUAAUCUAUAUCAGGACCAAUGCAACCCUACUAGGCCCAUUACACAUAUAUCUUGGUCUCCUGAUAAUCAAACAAAAUUGGCUGUGUCACACUGCAAUUUAAUAUUUCAACCAAAAGGCCAAAGGGACUCCACAUUUUCGUAUAUUUGGGAAGUUGAAAAUCCGAAUCGUCCUUUGAUUAUUCUCAAACCAGAAUAUUCGGUGGUUUGCUUGGAAUAUAACCAAAAAGAUCCACAUUCCUUGGUUAGUGGUCAGAUAAACGGACAAGUAGCCCUUUGGGAUACAAGAAAGAGUUACGAACCUGUUGAAUUAAGUGUUAUCGAGUCAAGUUUUAGAGAUCCUGUACAUAAUGUGUUAUGGAUACACUCAAAAACGGGAACAGAAUUUUUCAGCUCGUCCACAGACGGACAGGUGAAGUGGUGGGACAUAAGGAAACUGUCAGAACCCACGGAAACUCUAAUUCUUGACAACAACAAAGAAGAAGAUCAAAAAAUAUCUAAUGCAUUUGGAGCGUCUUGUUUAGAGUACGAGAAUACCAUCCCGACCCGUUUUAUGGUUGGCACAGAGCAGGGAGUGGUAAUUUCUUGCAACAGAAAAGGCAAAACCGCAUUAGAGAAAAUGACUACCAGGUUCUCUGCCCAUAUGGGGCCAGUUUUAGCACUGCAGAGAAACCCUGGCUUUGUCAAGAACUUUUUAACUAUCGGAGACUGGUCCGCCAAGAUUUGGUCGGAAGACUGUCGCGAGAGUGCAAUAAUGUGGACAAGUUUCCACAAGGCCAUGUUAACCGAUGGAUCUUGGAGUCCUACAAGAUUAUCUGUCUUCUUCACAACAAGAAGUGAUGGUACACUAGAUGUUUGGGAUAUUUUACAACAACAAAAACAAGCGUCCUUAAGUGUAAAAGUUGCGGAUGAGCCUCUGAAAUGUCUUAGAACUCAUGAUAUGGGUCGAUUGGUGGCUGUCGGCAACCAAAAAGGAUCCAUAUAUUUGGUAGAAUUCAGCGAGAACUUAUCAGUUUGCAAUAAAAACGACAAGAUGCUACUAACCGCAAUGUUUGAAAGAGAAAGUCGUCGUGAAAAGAUAUUAGAAGCUCGAAAUAGGGAAUUGCGUUUGAAAUUAAAACAAACAAAACAAGCAGCAGAUAAUGUAGAUGAAGAUGUUGCCGAAGAAGAAGUCGAAACUGUCGCUGAAGGAGUGUUUCAAGAUAAUUUUGUCCAACAAGCCGAGACUGAGUUUUAUCAAACCAUUGAGAAAGCAUUGGCAGCUUCCAAACCACCUCCAGAGGUACCCCCUACUCCGACGGAACCUGAAGUAAUACCGCAGCUGGAACCGCAGCCAGAACCAGAACCGCAGCCGCCGCCAGCACCUGAACCAGAAUUGCCUUCUGAUCCUCCAGUGAAAGAGAAAAAAGGAAAGAAGAAAAAGUAGUUUUGUGUGUUCAUUAUAAAUUUGUAUUUAUUU